AUGUGGGGCCUGGACCUUCUCAACGCCCUGGUCACCAGGCUGCUGUUCGUGCUGCACUCCCUGGUUGGCGUCUGGCGAGUGACCGUCGUGAAGAAUGAGCCGCGGUACUGGCUGCUGGCGCUCCUCAAUCUCCUGCUCCUCCUGGAGACGGUGCUCACGCUCAAGUUCAAGCGUGGCCGGGGCUACAAAUGGUUUUCUCCAGCCAUAUUUCUGUAUCUGAUUAGCAUUGUUCCAUCUUUAUGGCUCCUGGAAAUGCAUCAUGAGAACCAGCAUUGCAAUGUUCAGUCUGAAGGAAUGUCACAGAACAUGAGCAGGAAAGAAGACUUCAAUCAAACCCGGAAACCAAGUGAACAUAUCCAUGGAGUGGAUGAUAUCAUUGAAACGGCUAGACUCUUUGUAAAUAACUUAUCUAGAGUAUGUGAGACAGUCUGGACCUUGGGCCUCCAUCAGACUUUCCUGCUAAUGUUGAUCAUUGGAAGAUGGCUUUUACCCAUUGGAGGUACCAUCACUCGAGACCAACUCUCCGAACUGCUCCUCAUGUUUGUGGGAACAGCAGCUGACAUCUUGGAAUUUACCACUGAGACUCUGAAAGAAAAUAAUGUGAGGAAUAAUCCUGGAUUGGUCUGUGCUAUCCUCCUUAUAUGGACUUGGAGUAUGUUGCAAUUUCCCCUUGACCUGGCAGUACAGCAUGCAGCGUGCCCUUCAUCUGCGAGUGCUAGGAGAUUCCCCAUUCUGUUUUUUUGCCUGUACAGUGCGGAUUUGUGGAACAUUGGCAUCAGCGUCUUUAUACAAGAUGGCCCCUUUCUGGUUGUGCGUCUCAUACUGAUGAUCUAUUUCCAAGUGAUAAAUCAUAUGCUCGUGUUCUUUGCUGUGAAGAAUUCCCUUGUGGUGGUGUUGCAUAUCUACCGACUGGUGGCGCUGGCGCUGGCAGCCCGCGCUUCCUUGCAAGAUCAUUCCCAGGGCCCCAAAACAGAGCGCAGCAGACAGGCUCAAUCUUCAGAGGGUGAGCGCAGGGGCUGGGAGGGCGAGGCAAGGGAAGGUCUGUCCCUUCCUUUGCAGACCUCACCAGUGACAUCUGACUCCCAUUCCUCACCCUAA